AUGGCCAUGCAAGCAAAGAGCAAAGCUAAUGUUCGACUGCCACCCGAAGUCAAUAGAGUCCUCUUCGUCAGGAACCUGCCCUUCAAGAUCACAACAGAGGAAAUGUAUGACCUCUUUGGCAAAUACGGUCCUAUACGCCAAAUACGGGUUGGAAAUGCAACUGAUACAAAAGGAACAGCAUUUAUUGUUUAUGAAGAUAUUUUUGAUGCUAAAGCAGCCUGUGAUCAUUUAUCGGGGUUUAAUAUUAUGGGAAGAUAUCUGAUUGUGUUGUACUAUCAGCCACAGAAGGCUACGAAGAAGACAGAUUUGAACAAGAAGGCACAGGAUCUUGAAAAUCUGAAAAAGCAACACGGUGUCUGA